AUGACUGAUGUGUUCGAAGCUGAAGGCGAAGGUGAAGCUGAGCCCACGAUUUCAAUCGGAGACUACCUCAAGGCUGUUGAAGAAGAGGACCUGGAAGCGGAUCUGGUCUUGGGAGGUGAUGAGGGCAAGGAGUGCACAUUUAACAAAGGUUACAUGAAGAGGCAGGCAAUUUUCUCAUGUUUGACAUGCACGCCAGAGGGGAAUGCCGGGGUUUGCACAGCCUGCUCCUUGUCUUGUCAUGAUGGCCAUGAGAUUGUGGAACUCUGGACCAAAAGGAAGUUCAGGUGUGACUGUGGAAACUCAAAAUUUGGGGAGUUCUUCUGCAAGCUUUUUCCAAACAAAGAUGUGGAAAAUUUGGAGAAUAAAUACAAUCAUAAUUUCAAAGGAACUUACUGUACAUGUGAUCUCCCCUACCCUGAUCCAAACGCUGAAGAACAAGUAGAGAUGAUUCAGUGCUAUAUCUGCGAGGAUUGGUUUCAUGAAGAACAUAUUGGUCUGCAGUCUUCUGAAGAGAUCCCAAGAGAUGAAGAAGGCGAGCCUCUAUAUGAAGAUUUUAUCUGCCAAGGGUGUGCUGCUGUUUGCUCUUUUUUGACGUACUAUCUCGAAACCAUUUCAGCAUCGAUUAGGAACGUGGCAAAUUUGACGAAGGAGAAAGCAGUUCUGGAAGAUUUGCCUUCUUCUAUGAAGUCAUGGGGGAAGCUCCAGCAUGGAAAUUGUUCACUUGACAAUCUUGUUCCUAAUGCUAAUGCAGAAGGUACAACCAAUGAGUGCAGCCAAGCUGCUAGCUCGAGCAAGAAGUGUAUUCUUGGAAUAAACUUGGCUGAAACUCCUCUGACUAGUGACAAAAGUAAAUCAAUGUUUCUUUUUAAAAACUGGAGAGAAGUCCUUUGCAGAUGUGAUACAUGUUCGGACUUCUACACUCAGAAGGGAAUCAGCUUCUUGCUUGACAAAGAGGAUUCCAUUGCUGAGUACGAGAAAGUGGCGAAGCAGAAGAGGGACGAAAAUUUGCAGAAACAAGAGGGUGACUUUCUCAAUACAUUAGGUCACGUUGAGAAGAUGGAGAUUCUAGGUGGAAUUGCUGACAUGAAGGACGAGCUUCGUUCUCUCCUGGAAUCAUCUGACCCCUCGAAACCUAUCACGACUGCAGAUAUCCAUCAGGUUUUCGAUAAUCUUGCCAAGAAGAGAAAGCGCAAUCCGCAGGCAGGCCAACCUGCUGGGCAUUUCUGCCCCAUCCCAGUGAGGGUAUGGCCAAGGUCCAGUGAGGGCAUGUGCUCUCACAGGCCUUGCAUGGGCUCCACUCCUGCUCGAAAGUCUCAAGUUAUUCCUUCAUCCAAUGAUGCCUUAUUGUGCUGA